AUGGAGCAGACCUUCAUUAUGAUCAAGCCCGAUGGCGUUCAAAGAGGCCUUGUUGGUGAGAUCAUAGGUAGAUUUGAGAAGAAAGGUUUCACCUUGAAAGGUCUCAAACUACUCACCGUGGACCGAGCUUUUGCCGAGAGUCACUAUGCUGAUCUGUCAGCAAAGCCCUUCUUCAAUGGGCUUGUCGAAUAUAUUAUCUCGGGCCCGGUUGUUGCCAUGGUUUGGGAGGGCAAGAAUGUGGUGGCUACCGGUAGAAAAAUAAUCGGAGCCACUAACCCUGCUCAGUCUGAUCCGGGUACAAUCCGUGGUGACUAUGCCAUUGAUAUCGGCAGGAACGUGAUUCACGGUAGUGAUGCUGUCGAGAGUGCAAGAAAGGAGAUUGCUCUUUGGUUUCCGGAAGGAAUUGCGGAAUGGAGGAGCAGCCUUCACUCUUGGAUUUACGAAUGA